AAUGCAGUCAUGGCAACAGCUAACACCUAGCUGGCCUCCAGGGGCUUGCACCUCCUGCUGAGAGAUCCUGCUGGACAGACCGGCUCGCUGCGUCUGGCAGUUCGGGAGCGACAGAACGCACCAUGCAUCGGGCGUACCAGCCACUGAAGCCCACCACCAACAAGUACCUGCAGCAGAGGUGGGACCACACCAGGUAUACGGAGCACGUCAGGAAGGUUAAAACUGCCCAGCCCAUGGUGGACACCAAGGGAAUCCAAACGCCAGCACACAUUCAGCUGAACCUCAAAAAGCUUCAGUCAGAGGAGGAGAGGCUGGCCAUCAUCGACAGAGACAACCAUCUCCUCUCCUCCAAGCUGGCGGACAUCAUGAGGUCCAAGGGCCGGGUGGACCACAGGAACGACUAUCCGGAGAGAAGUCUGAACAGCAAAAAGAGGCGGGCGGAGCUGCUGGAGGUGAGCCGGCAGAACCAGGCCAUCCUGCAGCGCCUCACCUGCCGCGAGUCCGAGUACCGCCGGCAGGUCUGGGAGGAGGACUGGGAGAGGGCGGAGCGCAGGCGGGACGACAUCGCCCGGUACCCGCGCCGAAUCGCCAACCAGCCCGGACCCGCCAACCAGCCCGGACCCGCCAACCAGCCGACGACCAAGAAGAAGGUUAAGUUUGAGGGCAACAAGAGAGAGAUCAUGAGUGAAGGGUCUGGGCAGGUGUCGGAGGCCAGCAGCGACCGGGAGAGCGAACAAAGCGGCAGGUCGUCAGAGGCGAGCACUGAGGAACACGUCUGUAAAUAGCCGAGGUGUUGCCGAGGCCAAACAAGGGCUGGCAGAAGAGGAACACCAGCUUUCGCAUGACAACCCUGAGAACUACAAAACGGCCGUCUGGCUGGAUGAUGUCUCAGCCAUUUUGUAUUUCUGAAUGAAUAAUAGAUACUGGAUUCAAAUAAAUGCAAAUGGGCGGUGAUUCAUUAUCGAAGUUGUAUGAUUAAAUUAAAUUUGUUA